GGAAAAACGACCCGAUGCUGCUGAACAUAAUAAGCUAUCAGAAGAGUCUUUACCAACGACAAACUUGUUGAGCUUAAACUUCUGGCUGGUCACGUCUCAGGGCCAAAUUCCGAAUACUCGUGGCAUCUUUACGUCACUCUGAUGGUGAGAAAACUGGAUUGUAUACACACAAAUCAUUCAAACUACCUCAUCUCAUCUUUAAUUUUAUUCAAUAUCAAACUUUUAGCCAAUAAACCUUAAAAUCAGUACAUCGAUUUAUCUGUGUGUAGGUCUGGUCAUGCAACUGUCAUUAGGUCUGAAAAUAUUAUUCUGUUAUCCACUGUACUGACCAAUCAUUAUUAAGCUGAUGAAAUUUUGUUUUAAAAUAUAUGGUUGUCACUGAAUAUAAGUAAAAAAACAAUGCACUUGGGGUCAGACAAUUAUUUUUGAUAAAUUGAUCACCUAACCGCUGCUUUCACAGCUAAUCACUGUAAUGUCAAAGUAUCAGUCAAAACUGGAUGUUGAGAAAACACAAGAAGCAAUCAAGUUUAUUAGGAAUUGUUUCCAGAAACAAUUGUCAGUAAAACUAAACUUGUUACGUGUAUCAGCCCCACUAUUUGUACCGGCCAACAGUGGAUUACAAGAUGAUUUAUCCGGUGUGGAACGUGCAAUUAAGUUCGAUGUUAAAUCUGGUGAGAUAGCAUUGAUUAAUCAAUCACUGGCCAAAUGGAAACGUAUGGCAUUACACAAAUAUAAACUAAAUCAAUAUGAUGGAAUUUACACAGACAUGAAUGCGAUUAGACGUGAUGAAGUUAUCUCUCCCCUGCACUCAUAUUAUGUAGACCAAUGGGAUUGGGAGAUCAUUAUUCAAAGAGAUGAACGAAAUGACGGAAAAUUGGAGGAAGUAGUUGAGAAGAUAUAUGACUCUAUGAAAGUAACUGAGAACAUUUUGAUAUCGGCAUACCCAGUGUUAAAUCGCAAGUUACCGGAAAAUAUUAAAUUCAUUACAACGCAAGAAUUAGAAGAUAUCUACCCCGACAAAAAACCGGCAGAACGUGAAUAUCUUGCAGUUAAACAGUAUGGUGCUGUUUUUCUCAAACAGAUCGGAAAGCUUCUGAAAUCCAAUACGAUACACGACAAUCGAGCCCCAGACUAUGAUGACUGGGAAUUGAAUGGAGAUAUACUAGUUUAUAGUGAACACGACGAUAGAUGUAUAGAAUUGUCAUCAAUGGGUAUCCGAGUGGAUGAGUUGUCAAUGGAGAGACAGUUGAAAGAAAGUGGUUGUGAAGCACGUAAACAGCUUGAAUAUCAUCAAAAUGUUCUGAAUGGUAUAUAUCCAUUAACGAUAGGUGGUGGAAUAGGACAGAGUCGAUUGUGUAUGUUCUUUAUGGAGAAGAAACAUAUUGGUGAAGUCCAAGUUAGUAUAUGGCCUGAACACGUUCGUCGUGAAUGUGAACAGAAUAAUAUAUUUCUCCUGUAAACUGAACGAAAUCAUUUUCUCUCAGCUUUAUUGUUGAAAAGAAUGUGAAGUGCAUGAAUAUUAAUUGUAUGUAUGUUUUCAUAAAACAUUUAUGUUGUCCUUUC